AAAAAAAACAACCGAUUCUUAAAAAUAAAAUAAAAGGGAAAAGCAGUUCCAUUAACGAAAGGUUACUUUGAUAGCGCUUUGAGAAUAAAACAUAUCAAAAUCUGUGAGUCAUCUAUACUCACUGACGAUGGUGCGCUAUAAGAAGCGUUGUUUUUAGAAUAUGUUUAAGAUAUUUGUACACGUUUACAUUCCGAGCACGAUUCCAUAGGCAGUGUCAGAUUAUCUUCUGAAUCUGCUCGCAUGCCAAUAGUGAGCAAAUAGCACCUAAAAAUAAAUCAACGUUUUAUCAAUCACGGAUAUCUCAACAAUGGACUCGUCAACUGCCACCGAUAGCGAGGGAAGGAUGUUGUUCAAAUGUGGCGAAAAUCCCGCACGGCACGGCGGUGUGUAUCAAAAUUGUUUGGCUUUGGUGCUGUUUACAAGAAGCUCUCAAAACGAAAACACGAAAUUCCGGAUCGGGCUGGAAGUAGAAUCGUCUGGAAAGUUCGACGACAUCAACUACAUUCGCCUCAACCCGGACGAAACAUGGAUGUUCCAGAUCAAGCAUCACCUAUCGAGCAAGGUUGUAUCAUUUAGAGAAUUGUUUCAGUCAAAGAACAAGGAGGAUUACGAUCUAAGCAAGUAUAUAUUGUCCUGUUUGGAAACUGUUCAAGACAAUGAAGGUAAGAAUCGGUACUUUCUGUUCACCAACAGUUCACUUGAUGAGAAGGAGCUCGAGAACUGGGUAAAAAUCGAACAACGUUCUGUUAGUGACAUAAUGGAUUUCACCAAAUAUGGUGGUAAAUACCUAGGCUUUGUAGUUAAUGAAGAAAAGAUGGCAGGACUUGUUUCAGAACUAAAUGCUAAAUUGAAGGACCUUGCUGACGGGCUCGUUGGGUUGUUCGAUCCAUCAUGCACCACAAUACCAAAAGUAUUCGAAAGCUUUAAGGCUCCUCUAGAUAUCAUUCUACAGCAAACAGGACGCAGACGUAGAACCACCAAGGCACGGUGCACCUACCUGAUGCAAGCCGCGACCGUGUCGGUGCACACCGACACAUUUUGUCCGGUUGAUUAG